AUGUCAGGUCAAAAUCAAUCACAAGUUCCAUACCCUUACGACCCUAAUAACUAUGUUUCCAAUACAACUGCGUCAACAGAUCCGUCUCAAACUUACUAUGGAUAUGAUUACAAUGCGUAUUCUUCCAAUGCAGUUCAUUAUACAAGCAAUUCGACUUCAAGUGGCUAUGAAGGGUACGGCGACUAUUCUACUUAUAAUGCUAGUGCUUACUAUUAUCCUUCAACGGGAGGAACUACGGCAACAUCAACUUCAACGACAGCUACUGUAGUUGAAGCUCCUCCAUCUAUGAUUAACACUUCAGUUUCUUUGUCUUCUAACGCUUCAAUUAACAAAUCUGGGCACAAUCAGCAUCAACAGGAUAGAGGGUUCAGUUCAAGCUUCCAUGGUUCGACAAAAGAUGAAAUAAUGUCUGGAACUAAUGAACAAUCGGGAAUGAGUAGUAGUAAUAAACAACAAUCCUCGAAAAAAAAACAAAAAACGAUUAUAAGAGCUGCAGGUGGUGAAGUUUGGGAGGAUCCAACUUUAUUAGAAUGGGAUUUGAAUGAUUUUCGUUUAUUCUGUGGUGAUCUCGGUAACGAAGUCACAGAUGAUGUUCUUUACAAAGCUUUUAGCAAGUACCAAUCUAUUCAAAAGGCCAAAGUUAUCCGGGAUAAAAGGACAGGUAAAAGUAAAGGAUAUGGCUUUGUUAGUUUCAAAGAUGCCGAUGAAUUUGUGAAAGCAUGGAAAGAAAUGAAUGGCAAAUACGUCGGAAAUAGACCAAUAAAAUUACGAAAGAGCACAUGGAAAGAAAGGAAUAUCGAUGUUAAAACCAAGAAACAUCAUCCUUAUAAAUAA